UUCUGAAGUCCCUGCCAAGGCGUGUGGGGAGGUGGCUGUGGGAGGGCUCUGCUGGUGCAGCCGGCCCUUCCCCAGAUCUGGAGAACUGAGCACACAGGGACUGAGAGACCGAACCCCCAGAAAUGUCGCUGCUGGGAGGCAGGUCCUGGGCCCUGCCCUCCCUCUGCUUCUGCGUGCUGGUCCUGGCCUGCAUUGUGGGUGAGCAGCAGGGUCUCGUGCGACUGGUAGACAUGGGUACAGCCCUGGGGGCCGAUGCAUGUACACCCACGGGGACCCCAAGCCCCCAGCCAGGCCCCGAGAAGAGCCACUGGAGCCUUGUGCGGGGCAAGGUGAAGGAGCUGGUGGAGCCACUGGUGACGAGGACCAAAGAGAGGUGGCAGUGGUUCUGGCGCCCUGGGGCUCUCCAGGGUUUCAUGCAGACCUACUAUGAUGAUCACCUGAAAGACCUGGGUCCACGCACACAAGCCUGGCUCCUCAGCUCCAAGGACAGCCUCCUGAACAAGGCCCAGAGCCUGUGCCCCCGGCUGCUCUGCAGGGAGCAGGCCCAGGAUUAACCUGCUCACGCCCCCACAAACCAAUAAAGGCCUUAUCUGUG